AUGUCCCGUCUGAGCCCUCACGAAAGGAAAAUGUUGUGUGAUUACUGCAACCAAGAAGCUUCUCUAACGUGUUCCCACUGUAGACUUGCGAGUUAUUGUUGUACGGAACAUCGGAAAAAUGACUGGAAAUUACAUAGGAGAAAAUGCAUGGGACAGCCAACUACAAGAACAGGAACGCAUUUUACGAGAAUGAACAGUUAUAAUGUGAUGGACUUCGUUCAGAACAGUAUUACAGAACAGGCAAAGUCUGUUGUUGAAACGUUGAGAGACAAAGGCUACUGUUAUAUCGACGAUUUUCACGGCGAUGACAUUGCCAGGAAAAUUCUCAGCGAGGUAAAGUCCUUGCAUCAAGAUCGCAAAUUCACCGACGGAGAGUUAGUUUCUUCAAAUGGCAACGGCAGUACGUUAAACAAGAAAAUACGGGACGAUAAAAUAGCAUGGAUAGACGGGAAAGAAGAUAACUGUGAAACAAUUUCGUAUCAUAUGAACGCUGUAAAUUUGCUGAUACGAAAUUGUAAUGCACUUAUUGAAGAAUACGACAUCGAACACAGGACGAAGGUGAGACUUUUUCUUUCUUUUUGUGAUUAGAACGUUCGACAAAAUCAUUCGUUUCGUCGAAAAACCUCGACCGUCUACCUCGCCCGUGACGUGUUUAAUUUGAAAAUACGAUUAAUUAAAAAAGUUGUGUUUUACUCGUCAUGUUGCAUGCUAAGCCAUUUUCAAAUAAAUGAUUAAAUAAAAUUUUGGGCAGGAAAAUCUAUUCAAACAUUUGGGAAGGGAAGGAGAAACUCUCUCGAUUCGGUUGACAUAGACUGCAUCGGGGACACAAAUAACACACCCCUCCCCCCUGGAUUUGUGUUUUCGUCGACGUGCGUUACUUCACGUACACAAAUGCCGUUUUGCAGGGUCAGAACCAUAACAUUGAGAAAAUUGAAAAAUAAUGAAUGAUGAAAGCAUAUCGUUCUAGGUAGUUUUUGUUUGGAGUUCCAAGUAGUAUCAUCACUCCUCCGAACCUUGCUGCUUUUACCUUUCACCUUAAGUAGCCAUGUCGUUGCUAUAAAUUCUAAGAGCGUUUUGAUCAAAUUUGCAAAAUAAAAAUUAGACUCAAAUACGCCAUAGCUACACUUUUGCUAUAAAAGCAAUAUUUAAAGCUGAAUUGCAUCUUGUAUACCUAGCCUUGGCCUUUAGAUAUUAUAACUUAAUUUUUGCUGAACUUUAAUAUCUAGAUUGUUCUUGAGCAUUUACAUAUCACACAGUAUAUCAUUUACCUCUGACAUUGCAUUAAACUGCAUUAUUAUGUAAGAUUGUGAGAUUGAUAGACACCAUCUUUCCUGAAGCUCCACCCAUGUCGUGCGGUUCAAACUUUUGAGCUCGUGAUCAAAAUCCAGUAGUGUGACGAUUUGAAUAAAGCUCUGUGGCAUUACUUUUAGCUGGUGCUGUUUAUUUUUUGGCCAUUUACAAAGCAAAAUACAUUUUCAAAAUGUGAAAUCUUUUGUUUUAAAUUUUGAGUUUGGGGGUGUGUGUAUGUUAUACAUCAGCACCGCAAUUCCUCUUUGGACUUUGCAACUUGAUUUUCUGUGUUUCGGGUCAUAUAUGUAUGUGCUCCAUCGUCAUAAACAAGGUGUUCUUCAGAAAAAUAUGCUUCUUCAUAUAUUGACCUGCUAUCUUUGCUGAGUUUAGCUAGUCAUGAAGAAAAUUAGCUGCUCAGUGAAAUGUUUCAGUUAACACCUUUGUAGCGUUAACAGCAUAUAGGGUCCUGUGUGGCCUUCCUGUCUUAGAGCGUGUAAUUUAACUUACAACUUCAUGCUUUGUGAUUGCAAAGCUCCAAUUCCCUCUACUUUGUUGCAACAUGCUAUGAUAAACACUUAACAGUUUCUUCACACCUUUGAUUUGCAUGUGUCUUGGCUCAUUUUGGAAAAAGUUCAGUGGAUAUCUGCUGCCUAAAAUAGCUGCUGCAGUUCAUCAUUUAUUUUUCUAGAAAACAUUGAACAAUAAAAAUAGAAUGAAUGAUAAAGAUAAGCCAUGAUACAGCCAUGCACUUUUGGCCCACAGCUAAUGUGGGCGCUGUCUGAACAGUGAGAAUAAGUUCGGCAAUGUACUUGAAAUUCCUGUAUUUUGACAAACAUCUUGACACUUCACGUUUUGUUCACACUGAUAAGAGGUGUUUCUAUAUCUUGAAGGGGUGGAGCCAGCACUGGAAAAGUUAUAGAGGGGGUAGGGAGAAUGAUGUCGUUAACAUUUCUGGUAUCUUUUCAGUCUAUUUUCCUUUGCACAAAUAAUUUUUGUACUUUUCCCCACCUCCCCCCAUAAAUUUUCUAAUAAUAAUAUUAUUGUCCAAUAGAAUGGAUGAUAUGUAAAACGACAAUUUAGUUUGUCCAGAAGUAUUCACUAAUAGCAAUAUAUGUUUAUUUUUUUGAAGGCUAUGGUUGCCUGUUAUCCAGGUCUGGGUAGCGGAUACAAACGACAUGUUGAUAACCCAAAUGAGGAUGGCCGUUGCAUAACAACUUUAUAUUACCUUAACCCAGGGUGGACGGAAGAGGUGAGCAACAUUUUGUUGUCCUAUAUGUACUUAACAUUUCAUUCUUGUGAUAAUGGGAUAAGAAGUGAAUUUAUGAUAUGAAACACUAUAUGUGUGUACAGUCUGCAUAUGAAUGUUCUUUUGUGCAAGCUCUUAGUACCUCAAAGAAUGAUGAUAAUAGUGUAGAGACUAAAGGGACAAACAUAAGACGGAUGCCUGUAUUUCAGAGGUCGUCAUGUAUGAUAUCAGUUUUAAGGUAUCAAGUGACCCCAAAGUCAUCUUUUAGUUAUCAUAGUGUUUUAACCUCUCACUCCAAGCCUGAGGUGCAGAGACAUGCACUUGGUUGUGACUCUUGAGUCUUUUGACAAAAUCCUUAUUUUGAUCCUAAUUCAUGGAAACCUCUUCCAUGUAAUUUUCUAUCCAUGUGUACCAUUUGGUUCAGUUGGUUCUCAUCACAUUUUACACUUUCCUUAACUCUAUAUUUUUGGAAUUACAAGGGUAACAGGUUGUUUACAAAUGACAUUAGAGCUGUGUAACUAAUUAAUAUGAACUGAAUCCUAACACUUUUUGCUAAGCUAUGUAUGAAGAUGUAUCUAUUGUCGUUCCUUUCUGUAGAGAGGUGGCAUGUUAAAGCUGUAUCCUGGUGGUGGUGAAGAGUAUGUCAAAAUUUUGCCUAAACUAGACAGACUGCUGCUGUUUUGGUCAGAUCGCAGAAAUCCACAUGAAGUAGAGCCAUCUCAUGAUGUGAGGUACGUUUAAUUUCAGACUCCUGGCCUCAUAUUCAGUGCUGUGAUUUCCCUAAGCGUGCCUUCAAACCAUUGGUUUUUUCCAAUUAAUUUGCCUGUACCCCUCAAAUCUACAGGCGUUUAUUAAAGCAAGUAUCAAUAUUAUUGUUAUUAAUAGUUUCAAUGGUGAUAGUAUUUGUCUGUAAGAAAUUCACGUUUUGUUUAUAAAGAGUUAAGAAGACCCCCAAGCCAAUCACACAGAGAUCUUUUCCCAGUAAUUAGACCACAGUUUAUGUUUUUUUUUAUUCUGCUGAAAUCAAGGAGUAAAAAUGGGUGUUUGUAUGUUUAUUUCAAUCUGGGUAGACACCAAUCAUGCAUGGAAUAGCAGAAGAAUGAACUUUCUUUCUCUUAUACGUGUAUAUAAAGUGGAAGAAAACUGCUGUUUCAGUUUUUGCUGCCACAAAGUUUUAUUUGCCACACUCUCAUUGCUUAUAACACACCUUGUUUCUAAUUCUCCUGCAUGUGACAAGUAUGCCAAGAGAAAUUGAAGACAGUUCUUAUGCAAAAUGUUUGGGGCCAAAGAAUGCAUAUUAUUUGUGCUGCAAAGUGGCGAAAUACCUGAGAAAGCCUGAUUUGUUGUGUUUAGAACGUUGCACCACGUUAAAGGGUUUGCAGUCUUAAGGGCCAAAGCUAAAACACUCUUCAAAAAUAGCUCGAAACAUUUAAACCAGACUAAAUAGCAGAACACAGCACUACUUAUUUACAUUUCAUUGUGGUAUCACCCCACUGAUUUGUAAUUAGUUGAUCCAGAGAUUUUUACACAAAGUCAUAUUUUUUUUAAUACUGUGCUAUGUUAAAUGAUGGUUGUGGCUUGUCAAGCCUCUUGUGUCAUGACCCCUUUCAGACAUAUACUGAACAGAUUAUUUACUCGAAACACUCUGUUGUUGUUUUCAGAUAUGCUAUUACAUUGUGGUACUUUGACAAAAGUGAAAGAGCCAGGUUUAGAAGUAAGUAUGAACAACUUUGA